AUGCAGACCAAAUCACAAGCACGAGAUUCAUUGUAUCAAUCUAUAACAGUGGUGUCGUCAUCGAAUCUCCAAGCAAAGGCAAAAGAGGUGUUCAUAGAUGACCAUUUCGAAUCGAGGAUUGGGGGUGGGGGUAAGUGGGUCAUCAGGGCGUGGCCGUGUGGGAGUUGGAUAGGAAUUGAUAAUAUAACCCGAAUUCCUCUUAAACGGUGGCCUGCGGCAUAUUUUAGGGGACUUCAAAUUCAUAGUAGAAGAAGAAUUUCUCUGGACAGUGCUGAUAACCUGUCAUGUUGUGUACGUGACAUUGAAGAUUCUUUACCAACAUUGCAAUCUUCUGAUUAUUAUACGGAGCCUUGCUUGAGCGAACUGUCUACUCUGGAAUUCUUGAAUCCAGGCUUUUGUAGCAGAGUUCAGGAUUUUACUGUUGGCAGGGUCGGUUAUGGAUGUGUUAAAUUUAUUGGGGAAACAGAUGUUAGAUGGUUGAAUUUAGACCAAAUCAUCAAGUUCAAUAGAGGUGAGAUCGUUUUAUAUGAAGAUGAAAGCUCUAAGCCAGUGGUUGGUCAGGGCCUUAACAAGCCAGCUGAAGUAACUCUACUAUUGCGAGUAAAAUCUUUAAAUCCUUGUAAUGAGGAUUGGCUAAAAGAAGUUCUGGGAAAGUUGAAGCACAAGACAGAGAGUCAGGGAGCAAAAUUGAUCUCAUUUGACCCAAUAAACAGUGAGUGGAAAUUCUUAGUACCGCAUUUUAGCAGAUUUGGCCUGAGUGAAGAUGACGAAGAAGAUAUUAUAAUGAAUGAUGUGUCUCCUGAAGCUCAAGAUCCUGCAGAGAUGAUUGAUGGUGAGGUUUCAGAUAUUGAUAACGAAACUGCUCCAGUGGACCCAACUCUGCUUUCACAUUCUUUACCUGCUCAUCUUGGGCUUGAUCCUGUCAAGAUGAGAGAAAUGAGGAUGUUGAUGUUUCCUGCUGAGGAAGAGGACUUAGAGGAUUUCAAUGCUAUGCAUUCACGUGAGCGACCACAUUUUGCUAAAGAAUCCUUAAGAUCUCCAUUUCAUCAUUCUUCUCAGAGAUUAGCUCGCAAGACAAGUCCUCCCAUGAUUCGCAAGACUCCAUUAGCUUUGAUAGAGUAUAACCCUGGAAGUUAUAGCUCUAGUUCUCCUGGAUCCAUUUUGAUGGUUCAACAAAAUAAGGGUUUGCACCCGAAGGCAUCAACAUAUGAUGGUUUUAAGCUCGACCUUAAGCAUGAAACACCAGUAAGUGGUAGCCAUUCACAUAAUAUAGUUGAUGCAGCAUUAUUCAUGGGUAGAUCAUUUCGAGUAGGGUGGGGCCCUAACGGUAUCCUUGUUCAUUGUGGCAGGCCUGUUGGCAGUACUGACCACCAAAAUGUAUUAUCUUCAGUGAUCAAUCUCGAAAAGGUUGCGAUUGAUAAUGCUACAAGGGAUGAAAAUAACAAAGUGAAAGAGGAACUCAGCGAUUUUUGUUUUGAUUCUCCUCUCAAUCUUCACAAGGAAUUAACUCAUGAAACAAAAGAAGUUGAACUGGGAUCUUUCAAAUUAAAGCUUCAAAAACUUGUCUGCAAUCGCAUGACGCUGUCAGAGAUUUGUCGGAGUUACAUAGGCAUCAUUGAGAGGCAACUGGAGGUGCCUGGUUUAUCAUCUGCUUCGCGAGUUUUUUUAAUGCACCAAGUGAUGGUAUGGGAGUUAAUUAAGGUUCUCUUUUCCUCUAGGAAAAUUAGUGGGAAAUCAAAGUCUGUGAAAGCUGACAAUGAGGAAGAUAUGAUGCCUGAUGGUACGGAAAGUGCUCCUCAGAUUGACUUGGAAGCACUUCCACUAACAAGGCGAGCAGAAUUUAGUUGUUGGCUGCAAGAGAGUGUUUACCACCGUGUACAAGAGGAAGUAAGUUCAUUGAAUGAUUGUAGUGAUUUAGAGCACAUAUUCUUGCUUCUUACUGGACGAGAUAUGGAUGCAGCUGUGGAACUUGCUGCUUCCAGAGGGGACGUGAGACUGGCUUGUCUUUUGAGCCAGGCUGGUGGUUCCAUUGCCAAUCGCGCUGACAUUGCUCAUCAGCUUGAUCUUUGGAGAAAAAAUGGAAUGGACUUCAGUUUUAUUGAGGAGGAAAGGGUGAGGCUUCUUGAGUUACUUUCCGGUAACAUUCAUGGAGCAUUGCAUGGUGUGAAAAUUGACUGGAAAAGGUUCCUAGGAUUGUUGAUGUGGUAUCAGGUUCCACCUGACACUUCAUUGCCCGAUGUCUUCAACACUUACCAGAAGCUUGUUAAUGAUGGAAGGGCGCCAAAUCCAGUUCCAGUUUACAUUGAUGAAUGUCUAACAGAAGAGGAUACAUAUAAUUGGGAGACUGUGGAACGUUUUGAUCUUGCUUAUUAUCUUAUGCUUCUUCAUGCAAGACAAGAAAAUGAUUUUGGUGCUUUAAAGACCAUGUUCAGUGCUUUUGCCUCAACAAAUGACCCACUUGACUACCACAUGAUUUGGCAUCAGCGUGCAGUUUUAGAGGCCAUUGGUACUUUCAGUUCUAAUGAUCUUCAUGUUCUUGACAUGGGAUUUGUUUCCCAAUUGCUCUGUCUUGGGAAAUGUCAUUGGGCCAUUUACGUGGUGCUUCAUAUGCCCCAUCGUGAAAACUAUCCUUAUCUACAAGCUACUGUUAUUCGGGAAAUUCUCUUACAAUAUUGUGAAGUGUGGAGUACGAAGGUCUUACAACGGCAGUUCAUUGAAAAACUGGGCAUUCCUUUGGCAUGGUUGCAUGAAGCUUUGGCUAUAUAUUUCAAUUACAAUGGUGAUAGCUUAAAGGCCUUAGAACACUUCCUUGAAUGUUCAAAUUGGCAGAAGGCACACUCAAUUUUCAUAAGUUCAGUAGUUCAUUCUAUGUUUUUGUCAGGGCGACAUUCAGAGAUUUGGAGGCUUGCAACAUCCAUGGAGGACCACAAGUCAGAAAUCGAAGACUGGGAUCUGGGCGCUGGAGUUUAUGUUUCGUUUUAUUUAUUAAAAAGUUCCUUACAGGAAGACAGCAAUACCCUGACUGCAAUGGAUACUCUUGAGAACAAAAAUGAUGCAUGUAGAGACUUCAUUGGAAGCCUAAACAAGUCUUUAGCAGUUUGGAGUACCAAGUUAUCAGUUGAUGCAAGGGUUGCGUACUCAAAGAUGGCAGAAGAGAUCUGCAGUCUGCUUCUUUCUGACAGCAGUGAAGGUUCGAGUCGUGAGGCUCAGCUCAACUGCUUCGACACUGUGUUUCGAGGACCCAUUCCAGAAGACCUCCGGUCCUGCCAUUUGCAGGACGCGGUAUCCCUUUUCACGUGUUAUCUUUUGGAGGAGGCACAAUAG